AAUAUAAACACCAACCCUCACUCCCACUUUUCUUCAAACUACAAACUUUAAAAUCCAACCUGAAAAAAAAAGAGAGAGAUAAAAAUAAAAUAUUUCUAUCAAAAACCAUCAGAACGGAAGAUCUUUUAACCUACUACUUAAACCUUAUCCAGUUUUUCUCAAAAAAGAGUUUUCUUUUUUUCUUAAAGAUCAAAAAUGAACUCAUUUUCUGCGUUCGCUGAAAUGUUUGGCUCCGAGUACGAGUCUCCGGUCACCGUAGGCGGCGAUUACUGUCCGACGCUAGCGACUAGCUGUCCGAAGAAACCAGCCGGUCGGAAGAAGUUUCGGGAGACACGUCACCCAAUCUACAGAGGAGUUCGUCGGAGAAACUCCGGUAAGUGGGUGUGUGAGGUUAGAGAGCCAAACAAGAAAUCUAGGAUUUGGCUCGGAACUUUUCCAACAGCCGAGAUGGCAGCUCGUGCUCACGACGUCGCCGCCAUAGCUCUACGUGGCAGAUCCGCCUGUCUAAAUUUCGCAGACUCGGCUUGGCGGCUUAGAAUCCCGGAGUCAACUUGCGCUAAAGAUAUACAGAAAGCGGCUGCUGAAGCGGCGGUUGCUUUUCAGGCUGAGAUGAGUGAUACGAUGACAUCGGAUCAUGGCCUUGACAUGGAGGAGACGACGGUGGAGGUUAUUGUAACGGAGGAGGAACAAAGCGAAGGGUUUUAUAUGGACGAGGAAGCCAUGUUUGGCAUGCCGAGGUUGCUGGCUAAUAUGGCGGAAGGUAUGCUUUUGCCUCCUCCGUCCGUACAAUGGGGACAUAAUUAUGACUGCGACGGAGAUGCUGACGUGUCCCUUUGGAGUUAUUAAAAAAAUUUGGUACUAUAAUUUUUUUUUUUUUUUUCUGAGAUUUUAGGAUUCCACAAUUUUUUUAUAGGAUGAAUCCCUCUUUUUUUUUUUUUUUUGGUGGUCACUGAGAGACGAUGUAAAUCUUUCAAAAACAAUAUUUUCAAUGCGAGUAUUUUUUGU